CGUGCGGGCGGCUCUUCCCGCGGUGCUGCGCGGCGGUCUCGCGCGCUGCCCGCGUCCGGCAUGGAGGGCGCCGCGCACUGCUCGCUGGAGACCAAGCGCCUGCUCCUGGACCCCAAGUUCGAGGGCUACAAGCUGUCCCUGGAGCCGCUGGCCUGCUACCAGCUGGAGCUGGACGCGGCUGUAGCAGAAGUGAAACUUCGUGAUGAUCAAUAUACCCUUGACCACAUGCGUGCUUUUGGCAUGUAUAAUUAUCUUCACCUUGACUCCUGGUACCAGGAUAAUGUUUACUACAUUGACCAAUUUGGAAGGGUUAUGAACUUGUCAGUGACUCUGGACACUGCUCUGCAAAAGCCAAGAGAAGUUUUCAGGCUACCUACAGAUUUGACAGCUUACGAUAAUCGCCUUUGUGCCUCAAUAUACUUCUCAUCUUCCACGUGGGUUACCAUUUCUGAUGGAACAGGAAGACUGUAUUUAAUUAAGUCAGGCAAGCGUGGAAACAGUGCAUCAGAAAAGUGGGAGAUUGUGUUUAAUGAAGAGCUAGGCAGUCCAUUUAUUAUAGUACACAGUGUUUCAUUUGUAAAAUCUGAUAAACAUUCAGUAUCUGUGCUGCUGCUUAGGGUAGAAAAAGAUGAAUUGGACACAAAAGGAAGUGGAUUUCAUAUUACUUUGGAAUGGGUUACAUUUGUGGAGAUGAACAAAGCGGAUGAACAUAGGUAUGAAAUCUACAAAAGGAGAAUUUUACAGGGAAAAUCUGUCCCCCAUUAUGCAUCAAUAGAGCCAAGUGGAGAUGGUCUAAUGAUUAUUUCCUACAAACCAUUCAAAUUUGUACAGGAAAAGGAAGAAAUUUUAGAAGAAAAUGACGACAAGAAAACAACAAAUGAAAAGAAAGACCCUCUCUAUUACUGGCAACAGACUGCAGAUGAUCUGACAAUAACAGUUCACAUUCCUCAGGACAUCACUAAGGAUGACAUAAAAGUACACUUUUCCCCUGACAACAUAUGUGUUACAUUGAAAGACCAGCCUGCUUUGAUGGAAGGAAAAUUAUAUUCAUCUGUGGACCAUGAAAGCUGCACUUGGAUAAUUAAAGAGAACAAAAGCUUGGAAAUUUUUCUAAUUAAGAAAAAUGAGGGACCACGAUGGCCAGAGCUAAUAGUUGGUGACAAAAAAGGGGAAUUCAUUAUGGAUUCUUCCCAGUGUGCUGAAAUAAGUGAAUCUCUGAUGCAUCUGACUUCUGAAGUAAUGAAUCCAGAUCCUGAAAAGGAAAAUCCACCUUGUAAUGCACAAGAAUUAGAAGAAUGUGAUGCUUUUCUUGAAGAUGGCGCAAGUUUGUGCAGAUUUGAUGGCAAUACCUUGAAGGUUACUCACGUGAUUAAUCUUGGAAGCAAUCAGUAUCUUUUCUCAGUUGUUGCGGAUCCCAAAGAAAUGCCUUGUUUCUGCCUGAGGCAUGAUGUUGAUGCUCUUCUCUGGCAGCCCCACUCUGAUCAGCCACAAAACAUGUGGGAACACAUUGCAACCUUUAAUGCUUUAGGUUAUGUUCAAGCAUCAAAACAAGACAAGAAGUUCAUGGCUUGUGCCCCAGACUACUCCUAUGCUGCUCUUUGCGAGUGCUUGCGGCGAAUUUUCAUCUAUCGCCAGCCAACUCCUCUGUCAACAGUUCUCUACAAUAGGAAGGAAGGAAGACAAGUAGGACAGGUUGCUAAGCAGCUAGUAACUACUCUGGAAGCCAGCGAUCCAAUCUUAGGCUUUCAAGCUACAAAUGAAAGAUUAUUUGUUCUCACAACAAAAACCUUGUUUUUGAUAAAAGUGAAUGCUGGAAAUUAAUUAGUAUCUUUUGCUGUAGUUUAUGUUUAUUUGUUAAAGAAAUGGCCAGGUAAAUAAUCUGAGGAGUUCAGUACAUUUUGCUGAAGUUUAAAAAAGAGAUACUUUACAGGGGAAACAGAUUUUUUCCAUUAGAACUUAUCUGUAAGUCAGUGAGAGUUUUUCAUCUUCACUGUUCAUAAGCUAAGCUUUUUUGGAGACAAAUAACAAUGCCUUGCCUGCUAGCAGCUUUCUAGAGACUGCUGCUUGCAUAAGAGAAUAGAUUUAUGCAUUUCUUUUUCCAGUGACCACUUGCUGGACUUCUGAAAUUUAAGAUCUCACUUCUGAUUUUAACCAAUAGUUUUACCUUUGAAAACAGUCAUCAGAUAAAGAAAAUACAGACUUGUGUUACAAACAUAAAGUGUGCAAUGUAAGGAAUUGUGUGUGAUUAAAAAAAAAAUCCAAAUUCACAUACUGUUGGCCAAAAAAUAGUUUAACUCAAGUGGAAUAAUUUUAUUGUAUAUCCAAAAUGAUAGUGUAAAAUUCUGUGACUUACACAUGUUUGUAAUGGAAUCUAUUCACAUUUUAAGAGAUGCUGAAAUAACUACCAGUAAAAUUUUCUUUAAACUGAAUAGGAGUGAAUGCAUUCAGUUGCUGGUGUUGAUAUGAUUAAGAAUACAGUAAGACUUUGAUUCGUACCAUUCAAUGUGUCAUUUUCAUUUCAAGGUGUACUUAAAUGAAUAAUUUGAAAUUAGAAAAUAGCUAACGGAAAAUGCACCUGAAUUGUAACUUGAGAUGGGAAACUCGAAGGUUCAGCUGCUGCCUUAGAUACUACCACAAAUAAUGUCAUUUCUUAACUAUUCUGUACCCAAUGUUUAAGUCCAAAUGUGGUAUGUGUCCAAUGCUAGAGUGCACAGACCAUGAAGAUGCUUUAAAGUUGCUUUUUACCAAACAGGAAUGGAUAAUUUUGUUGAAAAACUGUUCUUGAAUAUUUCUUUCUUAUUUUAAAGUGAUAGUGUCAAUAGAAUUAAACCAAAAAGGGUCAGUUUUGAGAAUUCCACCUCCUCUCCAGGAGGGAGAUGAGCAGUUGUCGUGCAGAAGAAAAAUAAAAGAAAAACCCUCCAAAAUCAGCUUUCCAGGAGCCUGAUUUUUCUCCAUUUUAUGUCAUUGUUAUUUUGUAUAUUCAUUUGUGAAAAGUUUUUUGUUACCUGGGUAUGUUAAAACGGAUUCCAACUGCAAACUUUCACUUCUCAUGCAUUUUUGUUUAAACUGUCUUGGAAAUACUUGUUAAAAAGCCUCAGUGAAUGUAUGACUGUUUCAUAACUUUUGCGACUAAAUUUCAUGUUGAGUAAUAACGCCAAACAGACAUGGUAGAAAUCAUGCAGCUGAUUACUUUCCAGCAUAAAAUAAGUGCAUUGAGAUUUAUAUGAACAUUACUUAGUAACCUGAGUAUAGAUGAGAAUUUCAGGUCUUUAUGAAAUUCCUUCUUGAUGUGGCAUACAUAUCUGGAAACAUAGUUCUGUUGUCUUCUGGAACAGCUGAAACAAAGUCAAGUAAAAUAAUCAGCUCUUCUCAGACUGUGUUAUAAUCGGUAAUGACUAAAUAUAUGCUUCCCCAAUGUGUCCAUUUCAGGGGAUUUCUCAUGGGAACAACUGAACAUGGGGAGAGGUUCAUCUCAUGUUCCAUGUUGCUCGUGUGUUCAUGAUUAUGGUGUUCUCAGAAAGGAUAUGUCAGUCUCUUUUAUUUCACUUUCUCUGUGAGUUAAGGACAUAGUAAAAGGUUUUCUGCCUUGAGCAACCUUGCAUGCUGUUGCACAGCAAGCUGCUAUAAUUAAAUGGCUGCAAGCCACAGGGAGAUGCUUACUAUCAGCAUUUCCUUUUCUGUGUUCAGUUAAUUUUAAGGCUUAUUUGUUUAGCAUAUUAUUGUAGGCAUAUACAAAGUAAAGAAUGGGGAUAUUUAAGACACAGUUUUCUGAGAACCAUUCUUCUUUUUUUUUUGGUAAAAAUUCAAGAAGUAAAAUCCUACAUUUUAAGAUGGUGCUUUCUGAGAUGUCCCAAUCACAAUUUGUUUACGAAAUUUCUGAGAAACUAUUGGACUAUUAAAAACGUGCAUUAUUUAUUUCAAUGUACUUUUGCAGUGUUUCACUUGGUUGGCUGUGUAUUUGGAAUGUAUCAUGUAUACUUCUACAAGUUUAAAUGAAAAAAUAUCAAAUUUAAUAA